AUGCCACCCCUCUCUCGAGGUCCUGAAUUGUCGCCAGUCUCAACGACGAGUGAAUGGUCUGGUGUCAACAAUUACAAUCAAUUGCCCAGGAACGAUGGGCCAGUCUCUACGCUGCCUUUGAAUCCUCCAGGAGACGACUUUGCUCCCUCCAAACCUCAGCCAUCGAUGCGCCCUCCUCCCCCGAAUGGCGGCAUGAACUUCGCUCCCCCGUCGCUGGAUGCAAUGGGACAACGUCGUCCGUCCGAAUCCGGUUCACGGGGCUCCUCGCGUGCCGGAUCCAUCGCCAAUUCCCGCUCCAGCGACGGCACCAUUUCGGACGAACAAAGCAGAAAAUACCGGAGGAUGGAGGCAGAGUUGUUUCAGCACUAUACUAUUUUGAAGGGGUUCCUCAAGGGCAGUGCUCAGGCUCCGCCUCGCCCUAACAAGGCUCGGGAUAAGCUGCUGCGACUAUCUCCCGUUCAAUUCCACGAACUGAGCACCGAUGUCUUUGACGAGUUGCAAAGGAGACAAGCUUCAACCCCACUUCCUGGCCGCCCACCGCGUCAACAAAUCGUUCCCCCUUUUCUACAACCACGACCCGAUUUUCACGAAAAGCGAAACCAGGCCAGGCAAAAACUCUCGUCGCUGCAAGCCCCCAGGUUUCGUGACCUUUCGACCGACGUCUUUUGCGAGUUGGAACGCAGAUUUCCACAAUUUGUGAGACCUGAUGGAGGAAGAAGAGACAGUGCCCGUUCACAAUCCAGAGGUCCAGCGGCCUCAUCCAGAGACGGUCCUCCUGUCCCCAACGGCUUCGGCGCACCGCCCAGAACGCAGUCCUUCGGCCCGUCGGGCGCGGCAAACUAUCCUCAAAGGCAAGAAUCGGUGUCCAGCCUUCCUCAGCUCGACAAUCCUCCUCCACCCAACGAUUAUGGGCGACCAAUGGCCAAGCAAUUCCAGAGCAACACCAUAACGCCCAAUAAAAGUAUGAUGGUCGAGGACGAAGACGAUUCACAAGCAACAGAUUCCAAAUACGAUCGAUCUAGCGAUGCCUUCGGUCUUGAAAGCUCUCUCACGAGCCCGAGAAGUGAUAGGGAUACGUCUGCGACGUCGCAGAGUUUCGUCAGCAUGAAUUAUACUAAACCGAACUUACCGAGCUUGACCGAACUGCAAGAAAAGGUCUCUAAUUUGGAACUGAACCUCGAAUCGAAGGAUGAGGAAUUGCGUCAGAUGCAGAGACAGAGCGAAGAUUGGGCCGUCACAAAGCAGGAUCUGGAGAGGAAGAUUGAACAGGCAGAAAUCUUGAACAAGUCACUCGAACAGGAAAUCGAAAAACUCAGAGCCGAGCAACCCCAUUACAGCGGCGAAAAUGUCCUUUGGAAGACCAAAUUUCUAAAAUUGGAUCACGACCAUGGUGUGUUACAAGAGCAGCUAGAGCAACAACGACAGUUGACAGACGAAGUGAGCAGACAGGGUCAGGCAUACCUGCAAGAGAUGAGGGCUAUGGCGGAAUCUGGCGGGGAUAAUCUUGAACAAGAAGAGAAGCUGCGAGUUGAUGUUCAAAAGCUUGAAGAAGAGGUUAGGAGCUGGAAGGCCCGUUAUGUGAAGGCCAAAGCACAACUUCGUAGUGUCCGCGCAAGCUCGCUAGGGCUCAGCAUUGCCCGCCCUGAUACCGGUCAACACGCAAUGGCUCUUCAGGACCGAGAAGGGUUGGUCAAGGACGUUCACGUCACGAAGUUCCAGAUCGCAAUCGAUGAGCUACUCCAAAUUGCCCGAUCUGACAGUCCCGCUGCUGUACUCGACCAUAUGAAAAUUGUGGUGUUGGCGGUGCGCGGAAUCACGUCAGAUAUCGACGCCGGGUCAUCAACAGAAAAGGACGAUGAAAUGGGCAAGAGACGGGCCAAGCUCAAAACCAAGGUCUCCGCUACAGCCAACAAUUUGAUUACAGCUUCGAAGAAUUUCGCUUCGGCCAGUGGACUCUCUCCACUCAGUCUCCUGGAUGCCGCAGCUUCACAUUUAACUGCAGCUAUUGUUGAUCUGCUUCACACGGUUAAGAUUCGCCCCACACCAGCUGGGGAACUGGAAGAUGACGAUGAACCGACAUUAGAACCGCUACAAAGCAACGGGUAUUUCAACAUCGCCGAAACUUUGAGGAGGCGGAGUGAAGUUGAAAGCAUCUAUAGCGCACUGAGCACGCCAUCGGCGACAAGGAAUGUGCCAAAUCGGGCAGGAUCAGUUCUUCAACGUAAUGGAUCGAAUUAUGUGAAUGGCGCUGGACUAGGAAUAAAGUCGGAGUACGGAACCAGUCAGGAGGAGGCUGAUCUAGAGGAUCUCAAGAUGUACCUCGAAGAUCAGACUGAUGGAUUAGUUCAAUCCAUCACCUCCUUGGUCGAUGCCAUCCGGAAGGACGAUGCCAUGCUCACGAUCCGAAGUCAUAUGACGACAAUUUCUGCCACGAUUGAAAACAUUGUGAACUCGGUAGACCGGACAGGGAACGAGCCAUCCUCGUACCAAGCCAUCUUGAAAGAGAAGUCAGGCUCGAUUGUCGCCAAUUUGCGAGAAUGCCGCGAACAAAUGUUGCAGGCAAGCAAUGAAGCUCCCGACGACAAAGAAUUUCUCCAGCAACUUCCUCCUCUGUCCUUUAAAAUCGCGCGAGAGACCAAGGAAUUGGUGUCCAGGGUGAUGGUUAUUGAAGCCAGGCCUGCUAGAGGCGGCGAAGAUGAUUUUAGCUAA